CUUCCAUCACUUCCAUCUUCUCUUUCAUUAUUGUUAACACGAUUAAUUUCUCUCAUCUGUAAGUCUUGCCUCACGACUUUAGCUCGACUACGGCGCCUCCGCUCUCUCUUGUCCCCUUUUGUUCGACCCUUUUCACUUAACUUUCCAUCGAAUCGCGUUUUAGCCUUUUUGCAGGAACCAUGCGUUAUGUGCGACACGUCAGAGUGUCUUAUUUUGUACACUGACUCGUUGUUACUCAAUUUGAACGUUCAUAGGCAGCAUCGGUAAAUACAGUACAUUGAACCAGCAUGGACGACUUUUCAUUUGAUGCACCAGCUUCCAAAAAGACCGACUUUGGGUCGGAUGAUCCCACAGCUGAUUUCCUUGCUCGUGAGCAGGCUAUUCUCGGUGACGAUGCUGACUUCCUUGCUGGUCUCUCAUCUGGAUCUGCUGUAGCAUCACUAUCCAACAACCCCAGCGAUGACUUUGAGUCGAACUUCCCUAGCUUCGCAGAACACGAGGUUUCACUCAGUUCCCCUCCUGUCAGUGGCAAGAACAACGAUGCCACUGUCCCCUCAGUUGCUGUUGCUGCAGACGAUGAUUUUGGUGCAUUUCACAGUGAUUACCCUGUUAUCGAAACUACUGAUUCAAUCCCUGUGAGCCAGGCGUAUGCUGCUAGUAUCCCAAUUCAAGCCACUGGAGCUAGUUCUGGAUUCAGAAGUCCAAGUCCUUCAUUGAGCCGUACGCCUCAAUUCAAAGCUCAAGAAGUUCCUGAGGUCAUCAGAGAAUGGCGUGAAAAGCAGGCGGCCAUCAUUACAGAGAAGGAUGAAAGAUCAGAGACUAAACGUCAAGAGACGAUUGGGGCUGCACAUGAGGCAAUUGAUCGUUUUUAUGAGGAUUACAAUCAAAAGAAAGCUAAAUCCAUUGCUGAGAACAGAGAUAAGGAAGCAGCAUUUUUGGCCAAGCGUGAUGAUGUUUCUUCAGGAACUCAAUGGGAGCGCAUCAACCGCCACUUGGACAAUAGCCCCGCAGCUGUCGCUGCAGCACUGAAAGCCGGCCGCCGUGACACUAGCAGGAUGAGGGAGUUGCUUCGAGAUCUCGAGAAGGACCCCAACGCUCCUGGAAAGUAGAGAGCCAGUGAGAGAAAAUGUGUACGCGAAUGUGUAUUAAGGAAACGUAGACAGUACAGAGACGUAGAGAUAUCAUGGAAAGUAACUUGGACUGGAUCCAAUACCACAAAAGCGCACACUUAUCAUUUGCAUAAAAUGAUUUCUGGGCCAUUAGAAAUGACCGAAAGCGAAUAAACAAACUAUGUGUUUACAGUGAAGAGUCUUUGCUGAUUUCUUUCUGCCGUAGGUUCUACAGACUUUAGAAACUCGUUUCACAGGCAGUGGAUGAAAAGGAACACGAAAAGCAAUAAUGAUCUCUUGUCUUGG